AAAAAAAAAAGUUUUCACACCUCUAUCCACUCUAGUAUUAAUUCUGUAACAUGGUUGCCGCGCCAAAAUUCCCUGUCGAAAAGUUCACCGAUUGUGCGUUCAUUUUAACAAUGCCAGUUAGCGACUUUGGUGUUAUAUCACGACAUAUUGAUUGUAUUCCAGAGGAUAAACUGAUGACAAAGAAGCCUGAGGAUUCAGCAGCCUUACCUUCAAAGAUGGAUGUAUUUAUUCGAAAAACAACAAACAUAUUACAUGCCCAACACCUUGGAAAUGCAUUGACGAUGAAAGGUCUUGUGGAAUUCAAAGGAUCACUAACACAAGUAUCAGCACCAGCACAAGAAGACACAACCACCCAAUCACACCAGCAUCAGAACGGCAACAGACACAACCACCCCAAUCACACCAACAUCAAAACGGCAACAGAGACAACAUCUAUCAAAAAGAACUGUACAUUGGAAAGAAACAAAAAGAAAGUUACAAUAUUACAUCCAACAGCGUACCUUACAUCCCCAAACAAGCCCAAGAUCCAACACGUUGAUCGAGAGGCAAUUAAAGAUUUAUUACAUGAUAAAAAUUACAAAAACGGAGAUGCUAUAAAGGAAUACAAAAGCUACGUGGAGGAUCAAGAUCGAUUGGCCUCAUUUGACUUCUUUCCUGGUGUCAGGGAUUUUCUAAGUGCCAUGUUAAAGAUAGACAGGGAAGAUCUUGUUCAAGCACUGUGGAACAAUGAAAUAAGGCUUAAGGCUACAGGCUCUGCUCGUAUCCUAAUGGAUAUCAUCAGCUAUACCCUCACUGAUUUUAGCUCCAAUUGUAAACAACCACUACAUAGCACGAACAACCAUGAGAGAACUCCAUUUGUUAAAUACAUUGUUCCAAUGUUUAAAUACUUUGGCCAAGAAACAAAUUUGAUUGAGUUUUCGUGGUGCGAAAAAAGUUUGGAGACAUACGGGAUGGCAGCGUUGGAGAGCAGUGACUUUGUUAAAAACACCUGUGAUAGAAAAUACGCUGAUGCAUUGGAAAAAGGCACUACGACAGAAAAUGAGGAAUUCUUUAUAGAGUCCAGCAGCGGCUUCGAAAAAGAAAAUAUAAACCAUUCCUUGGACGAUACACUGAAAUUACUAGCAGAGUGUAGCAACGCAUUACUCCACAAAUGUACUCUUGGAGUCCAAGUAAUCAAGCAGACCUUGACCCUAACAAAGGCGAGCUUAUCGAAAUCUGGAAAAUGGAAACUCGUCGAGGUACGAUCAGCCUGCAUCCCAACUUCUUGGGAAUUACGUAGUCAAUGGAAUCUACUUUUCGAGAUGCUAGCCACAAUUUAUCAUGAGUCAUUACAGCAGCGAGAAUUGGAUACUCAAAUAACCAAUGAAGUUUGUCGUUUGGUUGAGAUUCCCUCAGUAUCCGCUGUAGACCACUUCUUGAACAUGAAUGCUUAAGAUCUAUGCACAUAUUGAUAA